AUGUCUCUCUUUUACUCCCGCUUUGUCAAGCCAAUCUAUCUGUUUGCCUACGGCUCCUUGGAAUCUCUAUCCGCGUUCCUACCACAUCUCCAUCCUUCAUCGUCUGCAUCUGCUAUCUGCGCUCUCAAUUGCAUCCUCCACCGCAUCCCAGACUGCACCGUCUGCAUCGUAUGGGCUGAAGCCCAACCUGAACCUCGUGGCUGGUUUGCCUCUACCAUUAGAUGGCUGUAUCGAGUAUCCUCCCCGUGGCACCUGGACCCAGAUGUUGCCAGUUCCUUCUUGGUGGAAGAAUUGAGAGCAGCUCGGAUAAGGGCUGACGAUGCCGAACGAGAUGCCCAAGCUGCUCGAAGCGACCAAGUCCUCGCGGAUGAAAGAGCAGCCGAUGCCGAGCAGAGAGCAGCCGACGCCGACCAGAGAGCUGAAGACGCCGAACGAGACGCCCAAGCUGCGCGAGACGACACAUUCCUCGCGGAUGAAAAGCAGCUGGAAAGCUGA